AGGAUUGCAUGGGUUUCUGCCUGACUCUCAGGAUGGUGGAUUGCAUGUUCGUACAGACUGGAAUUCUGCUCAUCUCCUGCUGCAUUCUGACUGCACAGUGUGCACAAAUCAAUUGUACAUCAGUGGCUGACUUUGAUGAUUGCCGAGGGAACGUAACAGAUUUCUGCCCAAAAAAUAGUGUUUGUGCAUGCAAAGAUGGACAGCCUUUUUGCAAAUGUCCAAAUUUCAGAAGUCGGUGGCAAAAUUACUGGUAUAUGGGAGCCAAAUGUGACCAACUCUGGAGUACUCAAGACCUGAUUUUAGUAGCAGCACUGCCUGGGAUAGGACUGGCUUUAAUAGUUGGUGUAACAAUGCAGACCAUCUAUUACUGUAAGAAAAAACCCACAAAAAAUGUAGAUGAUCACCGAGAGCAGAAGAACGUUCCUCAGUAUGACUCUGUGUAUGCUUUGGACACUGACAUGAGACCUUCUCCACAUAAUCAAGGCCAGAAUCUCUGGAAUUCAUCCACUCACAGAGUCUUUCCUAGAAGUUCAGGAUCACCACCUUCAGCCUUCCCUGGGAGAAAUUACAACUCGAGGACACAUGAGCCCAGAGAGGAAUAUCCUCAUAAUUUUCCCUUCUAUGAUGGCUCCCAGGGAAGAGCACAACCUGAAACAAAUUAUGGGAGCAACUAUUUUCCAACGAUGCACAUGAAGCCUCUCUUUAAUUCUUCAACACAAGGAGCUCCAAAACCAAGCUAUAUCCAACGUGAGAGACAACAAAUUGGAUACCCAGGUUCUGAAGAGCCAACUAUGCCUUACAGACCAGGAGCUAUGCAGAUGAAAUUCAACUAUUAAAAUUCCCUGCAUUAAAAAAUACAAUUAGUAAUCACCUUAAAAUUAUGUUCAGAGUACUUUGCUAUGAUCUACCUAUGAUCUAAAUUAUACUUUUAUUUCUUUUUCAUCAAUUCUUCUCUCUCUACCUCUAAUUUACUUUCCCAUCUCUCUCUCAGAACCCAAUACAUUCAUUUUCGAUAUCGAACUUUGUGAACUCAGCAGGAAUACAAAAUACUUGCUAUCUCCAUAAUUGAGUAUAAUAUUUGCUUGAUGAUUUAUGACAUCUUUAUGAAUUUCUCAGAGAAAUACCUAGAAAAUUGGUUUCAAAUAUAGAGAAUAGUGAAUAACGUUUACUCAUAGGGGAAAUCGAAACAGUUGAACUAACAUCAACAUACAAAUCAAUUUAUUUGCUCAGUUUACAUAUGGCUUCGUUAAAAUAAAGUAAGAAUUUCUAAAUGA